AUGGCGAAAGCUACGAUUAUGAUUUUAUGUCCAAGUGGACAUCGACGAAAAGCACAAAUGACACCGAAUAGUAAUUUACUUCAAGUAAGAAACGAAUCGAUAU